AUGGCUGGGAUUUGCAAGGGGGUCGGCGUCGCCGCGCUCGCGGACUUACACGUCGUGGAUGAGAUUAAAAAGGCUAUCGAGGAUAAAAAGGAUCCCGUCGCUCGCGCAGGGGCGUUGUUGACGUACGCGCACAUGUGUCGAACCGCUGGUCGUGGAUUUGAGCCGUACGCCAUCGGUGAAGCUCCCAUCGUUUUCACGUUGCUCGGUGAUAGAAAUGCCGAUGUUCGCGAGGCGGCGAAUUUGGCGCAGGCUGCCGUCGUCAAGGCGUUGCCUUUGACGGCGAUGAAGCUUUUAUCUCCGGCAUUAAAUGCUGGCAUGCAGCACAAGGACUGGCAGAGUAAGCUCGGCUCGUUACACAUCAUGGGCGACCUCGCGAACAGAGUGCCGCAAUCGUUCAUGCGAGCCAUUCCGGAUCUGUUCCCGUCGUUUUUGGACACUCUAUUCGAUACGCACCCGAAAGUUUCUGCGCUUUGUGAAGAAAUUCUUCCCAGUAUUUGCUGUUGCGUAAAAAAUGCGGAGGUUUUGGGCAUGAUGGACCUCGUAUUGAGUGCGAUUCGCACACCGCAAAAAGCCACCGAGGACUGCUUGGACAAGCUUAUGGAGACGACAUUCGUGAACUCCAUGGACGCCCCGUCCUUGGCUGUGAUUUUGCCCGUCAUCUUGCGCGGCCUGCGUGAGCGAACGAAAGAGCUCAAGCAAAAGGCUGCAACGACUUUCGGAAACAUUUGCGCUUUGGUCGACGACCCUCGCGAUCUGCUCCCGUUUAUUCCGGUGUUGUUGCCCGAGUUGGAAAAGGCUGAAGAGCACUCGCAUCCAGACUUGCGCGAAGCCGCGACGCGCGCAAAAACGAGUUUGAUGAAAGGUAUCGACGCGAGCCAGUCCGAGGAGCGCAAGGUUGCGUCGAAUAUCGUGAAGGAGGCCAUCAAUGGCGCCGGCGUCAACGUUGACGUCGAGACGCAGUCGUAUGCGGCCGCGCUCGGCGGUUGGGUCAUGGAUUCCGCCCCGUUGCGCAUUCCUCCCUCCAUCUUAUCGAAUGACAUCAAGCGUGAGCUCACUCCGGUGCUCGAAAGCGCGUUCGAAGGGAACAUUCAAGCCAUUGAAAAGAUUGCCAAUGUAUCCGUGAUGGCAUACAAGGGCCUCGACGAAUCAGCCCUGCUCGACGAAAGCACGAAGGAUUACAUCGUCGAUCUUCAAGGCAUUAUUUUAGCCUUUGCCGGUCGCGUGUUACUUCAACGCACGAAUUUCACGCUCGAACGUGGUCGCACGUACGGCAUCGUAGGUCAAAAUGGUACCGGUAAGACGACACUUUUGAAUCGCGUCGCGGCGAAGGAUAUCGCUGGUUUCCCGGAGGACGUCUCUGUAUACUACAUUCAGCACGAAAUUAUGAGUGAUAAGGAAGAAACGAUCGUCGACUUCAUGGUUCAAAUGGUACCUGAAGGUGUCACACGAGACACCGUCGUCAACACUCUCAAAGAGGUUGGUUUCGACGACGAAAAGAUGGCUGCCACUAUUCAAUCCCUCUCUGGCGGGUGGCGUAUGAAACUCGCCAUCGCGCGCGCCAUGUUGUGGGACGCCGAUGUUCUCUUGUUGGAUGAGCCAACAAACCACUUGGACACGAGUGCUAUCGCGUGGUUGACCAACUAUUUGAAGUCCUUAACGAACACCACCAUCUGCCUCGUGUCGCACGACUACGACUUCCUGGCCGAGGUGCUGACGGACGUCAUUCACUUGAGUGAAAAGACGCUCACAUACUAUCCCAUGAGCUUCCGCGAUUUCCAGUCGUUGAAACCUGAAAUCAGCGGCUUUGCCAUCGACCAAAUCGGCGACGACCAGCCGUCGCACAUCAAACCGAUUCGAUUCCCCGAACCGGGUGAUUUGGAGGGCGUCAAGUCUCGCGCAAAAUGUGUCAUGUACAUGAAAGAGGUAUCGUUCGGCUAUCCAGGAACUUCAAAGAAGAUUCUCAACGGUGCUACCGUGAAAAUUACGCAAAACUCUCGAGCGGCGCUCGUGGGCCUCAACGGCGCCGGUAAGACGACGCUUUUGAAGUUACUCAUCGGCGCACUUCAAAUCGAUGAAGGUGUCGGGGAAGUCUGGCGCCACCACAACUUGCGACUGUCCUACAUCGCGCAACACUCCAUGCAGCACUUGGAAGAGUCUUUGGAGAACACGCCGUUGGAGUACUUGCAAAACCGCUUCUACAAUGGUCGCGAUAAAGAAAUCGCCAAGCGCGCCUCGCACAACUUGAGCAAGGACGAGCUCGCAACAUCGCAAGAGCGUGGUAACAUCAUGGAUGUCAUUGGUCGCGUGAUGCGAGGUAAACAUCUGUUUUACGAAGUGCGCCGCGCCGGACGCGAAGAAAACGACACCGAUUGGGAAAUGAUGAGUUCGUUAGAGCGCAAGGAUCCGUACGUGAUGAAGAUGGUGCGUAACUUUGACGAAAAGCUCAAGGCGAUGCAAUCGGGUAUGGAUUUACGACCGCUCACCAAAGAAGAAGUGCGCAUUCACUUGGAAAACUUUGGUAUUGAUCAAGAUUUGGCCAUGGGGAAAAUCAAGCGCAUGUCCGGCGGGCAAAAGAGUCGACUCGUCCUCGCCGCGGCCAUGUGGACGAAUCCACACAUCAUCGCUCUUGAUGAGCCGACAAACUACUUAGAUAACGAUACCUUAGCUGCGUUGACCAAGGCGCUCAUUGAUUUCAAGGGUGGGGUGAUUACGAUUUCCCACAACGAGCCGUUCGUGAACGCCGUGUGUGACGAAUUGUGGCGAGUCGGCGACGGAGUCGUCGUGACGGAGCCUGUAGCGGGUAAGGCGCCGAAGAAACUUUCUGUGGCUGAACGACGGGCUCUCAAAGCCGGCAUCGACGCCGAGGAGGCGACGAUGAAAGAAGCACAGAACAACAAAAAACUCACCGCCAAGGAAAAGAAGGAAGCGGCGGCGGCGAAGAAGGCGGCUGCUGGUCCGGUCAAGGAUCUGUACGGUCGCGGCAAAUAA